GAAUGAAAUCACAGAUAAAAAUGUAGACCACAAGAUUUUAUCAGCUUGACAUUAAUAGCCAUCAGAAAGUGUAUUGAAUGAGGGGGAAGGGAUUGCUAGUAACGCGGACUAACAGCCCCAUUGCUAGCAAUAUACCCUGCCAAGUCGACCUCCACGUGAUCCCCCCUGGAAACCAUCGCGUUGAAUUCCACGUGUAUUCAUCACGUUGGGUUAACUGACUUGCCUUUUUAUUCUCACCUAUCAUUCCUCAUUAGUGGCCCGUCUGCUUAUAUUAGCAAUUCCCCUUUCCCCUAGAAACCAUCGUAACUAAUUUAUCAGUGAAUUCGUCACGAUGGGCUAACUGACCUUCCUUUUCAUCCUCACCAAUCAUCCAUCACUGGUGCCCCGCUAGUGUAUACCAAUAGCGCAGGCGGGGUAACCAUUCCAUUAUUAUUCAUAAAAAAAGUGGAGUCAGAUAAUAUGUCUACACAUAAGUGGUAAUUUAUUCUAUGACCGUUGCUUAGCAACCACCAAACAACUACUUGUCAAGCUUCCAAACCCUGAGUGAUAUUUUUUGUAGUAAAAUUUAUUUGAAAAACUAAAGACUGAACUGAUUGAUUAUGGAUGUAAAGAAUUUGGAAACAUAUGCUAUAAUAGGAUUUGAUGGUUCAGCAAUCAGAGGCCUUAAAAUCCAUCCAGAUGGUGAACACAUCGUCUACCCAAUGGGCAACAAAGUCUGCAUUCAGGAAUGGAAGACGAAAAAGAUGUACUUCCUCAGUGGACACACAAACAGCGUGUCCACAGUCGCUGUCUCACCGAGAGGCACAUUCGUGGGAUCAGGCCAAAUAAACCAUAUCGGUUUCAAAGCUUCUGUUAAAGUAUGGGAUUUUAAAAAUAAGACGAUGGCUGGAAGCCACGAGUUGCACAAGGUCCGCGUUGAAGCGUUAGCAUUUUCAGCCGAUGAGCGUUACCUGAUAUCGCUCGGUGGUCGCGACGAUGGGUGUGUGGUGCUGUGGGAUUGCUUCGCCGGUGCCGCCACUGGUACCGCAGCGGCGGCCAAGCUCACCACAGGGGACGCGAUGACCCUGACGACUUUGAACUUGAGGGUCAAUUCAUUCGUCACUGGUGGGGAUUGUAACCUCAGAGUAUGGAACAUAAGAGCAGAGAGCAAGAAUUUGGACGUGGUCGACGUAUCGCUUGGCAAGCUGCGCAGGAGUGUACGCUGCAUAUCCAUCAGUAAAGAUGACACGUUCGGAUACGCUGGCACCACGACGGGCGACAUGAUCAAGUUCUCAAUAAACUACCCUUCAGACCCAACGGCGUCUGUAGCGGACAUUAAGCCCACGUUCCUUGGCUGCCUCGCCAGGUGUGGGCCGUGGAGAAAGGGGAAACGACCGGAGUCCAUGUGUUACAGUCAAGGUAUCGAAUCAAUAUUGAUAAUGGACGACGGCUGUUUAAUUGUGGGGGCGGGAGACGGCACGGUGGAUAUUUUGGAUGAAAUCAACUGGAAGGGCGACUUUCCCAAAGGCAAGAUACUGAGCCCUAACAGGCCACAUUUUAAAGCUUUGAAAUCUACCAAACUGGACGGCAGCAUCACAUCUCUAGAGCUGAUGGAAUCUCCGAGCAUGAGAAGCGAGCAGCGCCUCCUGCUGGUGGGCACGCGCACCAGCGAGAUAUACGCCAUUAACGUGGCCACCUUCUCCCCCAUCUUGGUGGUCACCUGCCACCGGUGUGCCAUUAAUGACAUCGCUUUUCCCAGCGGCAUGUCGGGCGUGUUCGCCACCGCGGGGGCGGGCGACGUGCGCGUGUGGAGCCUGGACAGCUGCCAGGAGCUGCUCCGCAUCGUGGUGCCCAACUUCGUCUGCUCGGCCGUUCUGUUCUCUGCUGAUGGGAAGUCUAUUGUCUCCGCAUGGAACGACGGCAACAUCCGCGCGUUCACUCCGCUGACUGGGCGACUGAUGUACUGCAUCUACAGCACGCACAACAAGGGCACCUCCGCGCUCGACAUGACGCACGACGGCCGUACGCUCAUCUCCGGCGGCUGCGAGGGACAGGUGCGCGUGUGGGACAUAAAGCCUGAAUGUCAGAGUUUGAAGAAAGUUCUGAAGGAGCACAAAAGUCCCGUAUCGGCCAUCCAGGUGUCUCCCAACGACACGGAGGCAGUGAGCGCCGGCACCGACGGCUCCUGUAUUAUAUGGGACUUGUUGUCGCUGUCGCGGCGGCAGGUGAUGUACGCGAACACGCUAUUCAUGUGCGUGUGCUUCGAGCCGCGCGGCUGCCAGCUGCUGUCGGGCGGCACCGACCGCCGCGUCGCGUACUGGGAGGCGGGUAGCGGCAACCUCGCCAGGGAGGUAGAAGCUAGUAAAGUGGGUGCCAUCAAUGGCCUUCAUAUAUCGCACAACGGCGAACUCUUCGUCACCGGCGGCAACGAUCAGAUGGUCAAGCUGUGGCGGUACCAGGAGGGCAUAUAUACUCACAUGGGGCUGGGGCACGCGGGCGCGGUCACGUGCUGCAAGUUCAGCCCGGACGCGCGCCGCGUGGUCAGCUGCUGCGCCGCCGGCACCAUCAUCGUGUGGAACGUGCCAGAGCAAUACCUGCAAAAAGAACAACCACAAUCGGAUCGCAACGGUCGACCUGUGACCACCAAAACACUACAGGAAGAAUUACGACUGCCGUUAGAAGAUAAAACAACACAAAAGGCUUCCGGUGACCGCCAGCAUAAGUUGCCCGCCGCGCCAUCUAAGGUGGAAAAAAUAGAAGCAAUGGAUACGAGUCGCAGCAGCGUACACUCGUGCUGCCCGUGCGAGGCGUCCGCGCGCUCCAACAGAAGUGGAUCGGACAAAUCAAAUAAACCGUCGCCGAAGACCAGCGCGGGCAGCAAGUGCUGUAGAUCGCCAGAUAACCUGCCCACCCGGACAACGAGCAAGGAGUACGUCAAUAGUGGAGGCGGAUAUAAAAAAUAAGUCACCGAAAAAAAACAAUGUGUUCAAUAUACAUGUAUUUAUGAAUAAUUUAAUAUAUCAAUGACUUUAAUAUUAAAUAAAAUUGUUUUACAUA